CACAUAAGUAUCACACGUUCAUCCCAUUCACAAAAAUCAUUGAGACAAAUGAUAUAACCGAUUCCCGGCAAUCAAGUAGCUCAAACCGAGUGAGUCUUUUAUAACACGAGGUGGUCCUAUUAUCACUCGACCACCUUCUGUUUUUUCGUUACUGUAACAAAAUAUACAAAGUGGGCCCCAAUCACAGCUCUCACCCUUACCACCACUACCUCGUUUCCCUCAAUGAAUUGUUCAUAGAUACACACACACCUCACGUCACUCCCACUUGCUCCACAAACAAACACACCCCCCACCUCACUCACAUACACCCCCUUCAAACCCACAUUCCCACAAAAACAAACAUUUCCCAAUCUAAACUCUGUUUCCUUCAACACAAGGAGCAGACCAUGCAUCACUUCACCCUCUCCGCGAUCUUCCUUCUCCUCACCAUUCUCACUCUCACAGAUGGAGGUUCCAUAGGAGUUAACUACGGUCGCAUAGCGAACAACCUUCCUUCAGCUGUAAAAGUAGUUCAUCUUCUCAAAUCACAAGGCAUAGACCGUGUCAAAGUCUACGACACCGACCCAUCAGUACUCCGUUCAUUAUCCGGAUCCAAAAUCAAAGUAACCGUCGAUCUACCUAACCAACAACUCUUCGCAGCAGCCAAAUCUUCUUCCUUUGCACUCCAAUGGGUCCAAAGAAACAUCGUCGCUUACUACCCUCACACCCAAAUCGAAGCCAUUGCCGUUGGUAACGAAGUCUUCGUUGACCCAAACAACUCCACAAAGUUCCUCGUACCCGCCAUGAAAAACAUUUACCAAGCUCUCCUUAAAUAUAACCUUCAUUCAGACAUCAAGGUUUCUUCUCCCAUUGCUCUUUCCGCUUUAGGUAACUCUUAUCCUUCUUCGUCCGGGUCAUUCCGACCCGAAUUAAUCAAACCCGUUUUUAAACCCAUGCUUGAAUUUCUCCGCAAAACAGGGUCUUACCUUAUGGUAAAUGUUUACCCUUUUUUCGCGUACGAGUCAAAUGCUGACGUCAUUCCAUUAGACUACGCUUUGUUUAGAGAAAACCCGGGUGUUGUGGAUCCGGGUAACGGGUUAAGAUACUUGAACCUUUUCGACGCACAAAUUGACGCCGUUUUCUCCGCGUUAUCUGCUAUGAAAUACGACGACGUUAACAUCGUCGUAACGGAGACAGGUUGGCCUUCUAAAGGUGAUAAUAAUGAAGUGGGUGCGAGUGUAGAGAAUGCCGCUGCUUACAACGGUAAUCUCGUCCGUAAGAUCUUGACUGGUAGUGGGACCCCUUUGAGACCUAAAGCAGAUCUAACCGUUUAUUUAUUCGCGCUUUUUAAUGAAAAUCAGAAGCCUGGGCCCACUUCUGAAAGGAACUUCGGUUUGUUUUACCCUAGUGAAGAAAAGGUUUAUGACAUUCCUUUAACCGUGGAGGCGUUAAAGAAUUACCACGACAAUCCUUCACCGGUUGCGCCGGUUUCGGGUAACACAAAUCAGCCUACACCGGCGGUGUCACCUGUCGGAGGGGUUUCCAAAAGUACAACUGGAGAUACGUGGUGUGUUGCAAACCCUGAUGCGGAUAAAAAUAAACUGCAGUUGGCUUUAGAUUUUGCUUGUGGUGAGGGAGGUGCUGAUUGCCGUACGAUUCAACCAGGUGCCACGUGUUAUAAUCCUAACACAUUGGUGGCACAUGCUUCUUUCGCGUUUAACAGUUAUUACCAGAAGCAAGCACGCGCUGGUGGGAGCUGUUUUUUCGGUGGUACGUCGUACGUGGUCACGCAAGAGCCUAAAUAUGGUAGCUGUGAAUUUCCCACUGGGUAUUAAAAACUGAAGAGAAGGUGGCUGAUUUUGCAUUGUGUAAAGUUAAUGCGAAGGUAGAGUUUCUUGAUGGGUGAAGCUAUAAAGGUUGAUGAUCAGUUUGAAUAUUUUUUCGGGAGUGUGGAUUGCAUUAGUUAUUAGUAGUUAAAUAAUAGUGGACUAGCUUAAUUUUCUUAGAGACUAAAUUAAUUGUAUUUAAGUUUUUACUUUCUAGUAGUUAUAUAUUUUGAUUCUGGUGGUGGACAUUUUUCUUUUGCGUAGACUAGUACUAAGUUUUCACUUUGGGAAAUCAAAUAUGCACUCAGGAUUCGUUAUAUAUUUGAAUCCAAGUCUCAUCAAAAAAUAUUUGAAUCCAAGUCUCAUCAAGAAAUAUUUGAAUCCAAGUUUAA